GCGGGGAUCAGCUGAUCGGGAUCACUUCCGCUUUGGAGUUCGCGAUGUUUUGACGGAGUCCUGCUGCAAAUAUCGCUGCUCAUUCAUGUGAAUACGGUCACAUUUGAAGCUCUGGGCGUUUGGCUUCUGUCACCUUCUCUUCAUGAAUACUUCAGACAGUGAAGAGGACUCUUACAACGAGAGGUCCGCUCUGGUCCAGUGCGAAAGCCCAACCAUCCCCUCGUACAACCAAGAUCAUGAUAUGUCUCUGCCCCAGGAAACAGACACCAAACGGCGGCGGCCGGUCAGCUCAGGUUUGGACGAGCCAGGGCCGGUGGAGCGAGAGCGAGCAUCCACUCCUGACGGAGAGGAAGAGGAGCUGACCCUCAAAUACGGCGCUAAGCACGUCAUCAUGCUCUUCAUCCCCGUCACGCUCUGCAUGGUGGUGGUGGUGGCAACAAUCAAGUCUGUCAGCUUCUACACGGAGAAGACCUCACAGCGGCUCAUCUACACUCCGUUCGAAGAAGAUCCGAACUCCGUCGGUCAGAGGCUCUUGAAUUCGCUCCUCAACACCAUGGUCAUGAUCAGUGUGAUUGUGGUCAUGACGAUAAUACUGGUGGUGCUUUAUAAGUAUCGCUGCUAUAAAUUCAUUCACGGCUGGCUGAUUCUGUCUUCACUGAUGUUGCUCUUCUGGUUCAGCUUCAUGUAUCUGGGCGAGGUGUUCAAGACGUAUAACGUGGCUAUGGACUACCCAACGUUAGUGAUGAUCAUCUGGAAUUUCGGCGUCGUGGGAAUGAUCUGCAUCCACUGGAAAGGGCCGUUGCGGCUGCAGCAGGCGUACCUUAUUGUCAUCAGUGCCCUCAUGGCCCUCAUCUUCAUCAAAUACCUGCCCGAAUGGUCAGCAUGGGUCAUACUGGGAGCCAUCUCGAUAUAUGAUCUGAUAGCGGUGCUUUGUCCGAAAGGCCCGUUGAGGAUGCUGGUAGAGACGGCGCAAGAAAGAAACGAGCCAAUUUUCCCUGCACUCAUAUAUUCAUCUGCCAUGGUUUGGAUGGUUGGCAUGGCUGAUUCUAGUAAUCCAGAUUCCGCUGAUGAAAGGCAGCGGAAUGAGGGCGGAGCUUUAGCACAGGAAGGGGUGGAGUCAGAGGAUGAUGCGACUCAGGGAGGGAGGCGUCGGUAUUCAGCAGAAGAGGACCUUGAGGAAGACCGAGGGGUGAAGCUAGGUCUUGGUGAUUUCAUCUUCUACAGUGUGCUGGUGGGAAAGGCGGCCACCACCGGAGGAGACUGGAACACCACACUGGCCUGUUUCGUGGCCAUUCUCAUCGGACUGUGCCUGACGCUCCUCCUGCUGGCCAUUUUCAAGAAGGCUCUGCCGGCUCUGCCCAUCUCCAUCACCUUCGGCCUGGUCUUCUACUUCUCCACAGACAAUCUGGUACGGCCCUUCAUGGACAGCCUGGCAGCCCACCAAUACUACAUCUGACAGAAACCCACUGACACAUGAAGGACUUUAUCAGAACACAGUCAUUAUGCUUCAGUGAGAUUCAAACGUUUUUAUUUCUCAUGAAUCUGAGUGAGUGAAUGAAGGUGUGAAAUGUAUCAAAACAAGCAAACCGAUUUCAGUUCUGUGUUGUCAUACAUCUUUGCAUUGGCAUUUAGUUUUUUAUUGAGAAGCUGCACAUCAGCUCUUUAGAAUAUACAGUAGGUUUACCUUUUUUUUUUUUUUAUACUUACUGAGAAGGUAAAUGACUUUUUGGCAUCCCGACCAGUGUCAGUGAAGGGUCCUUUUUCAUAAAUACGACUUAUGAAGUGAUGAAAAGAUUGCUGCUAGUUUCAGUGGUGAGACAGAAGCCUGUAUAUAUGGCCUGCAUACAGCAGUGUGAGUGCUGUAAGCUUGCCAGUGGUUACUUACAGCAUAAUAAACUAAUCACACAAAUAGAGUUUUUCCUGCAUACUUUCGUUUUUAGAAUCCCUAAUAUUGUGGAAGGCUCAUGAAAGUGUAUAACGUAGGUUUAUCAUGAUGUCGGCAAACGGGAUGUGAUCCUAAAUCAACAUAUUUGUUGGACCUACAUAGGGCUGGGUGAUAUAUCUAAUAUUCACAAUAAUUUUGCUGGCGAUAUCAGAUUUUUAUGUCAUUCACAACGUUGCAUUUUAGUUGCAGAAGAUGAGAAACCAAACCUAAGAUUAAACACGUUAACAUUUUAUGGAUGGCUAAAACGGAGCAGUUACCAACCUGUCAUGUUAGCUCAGGUCCAUUAAUUAAUAUGAACAG